AUGCCUAGGAACGACAAGCACACUCUAUACACAGACGCCGCCUUUGAAAAGGGAAGGGCAGGAAUCGCAGUAGUAGAAGGAGAGAGUGGAAAGAUUAUCACCCAAAGGACGAUACCCGACUGGGCAGCUGGUGAUCCAACGGUUGCAGAACUCAUUGCUAUCGAAGCGGCCCUAGCUCACCGAGCCCGGAAAAGACCACUCCCUAGGACCACAAUCAUCGCAACAGAUAGCAAGCGGGCUAUACGACACAUCGUAGAAGGGAAGAGUCCGAAUGGGCAAUACAUUGUACGGUAUAUCCGGAACCACAUAGCCGCCCUCGGCAAGCGGGAGGAGAGGUCGGUUCUAGUACAGUGGAUACCAGCCCAUAAGGGUAUCAAGGGGAACGAGAAGGCGGACAGGUUGGCAAAGGAGACAAUU